GUCCCACGGCCCAUCGCGGUCCGUGGCUGGACGCGUGGGUCUCGGCCCAAAGCGUGUUACCCUUCUCGAGUGCAUCGAGACGGGCACGGCCCUUUACCCCGGGCGUAUGAGUUACGUCCAGUGGUUGAAGUGGCGGAAGGAUACUGGUACCCGACCGCUUAAGAGCCGCGACGGGCGGUUGACUACCUCUGAGGAAGAGGUCGCCCUUCGGCGCAGAGUCAUGGAGCUCCUCCAUGAGAUGCAGGAAGGAGAAGAGGAGGAGGAAGAGGAGGAAGAGGAGGAAGACGAGGAGGAUCUUCCUCCCUCCAAGGAACCCGUCGAUGGAGACGAGGGUCCAGAGCUUAUUCCCACUGCCGGGGAUGGCUCGGUGGAGGCGGCUGAACAGACAGAGGCCUUGAAGGAGGCUCUGUCGGGCUGCCUGGUCAUCUCGGACCCUGAGGCCGUGUACCUUCGCAUCAAGAACAAGGUGGAUGGUGAGCACCAGACCCUCACGAAGGGGAAGCUCACUGGUCCCCUUUUCGAGGCUUCCAUAGCCGAUCUUGAGGCGGUCGGCUUAGGCAAGACGAAAAUUCGUCAGGACAAGCGCAUCUGGCCCGGAGACGGCAAGGAUGUUCGUCUCCGCUCCCCUGCACCCAGCAAAGGGAGGCGGCCCACACUCCACCUACACCCCCACCCGUGGCAACUCGGCAGCCCUGACCUCGGCGACGACGUCGCCAGGCUCCAGGGUCCUGCUGAGGCCACAGCGCUUGGGGCCCAUGUGCAUAAAGGUGUUGAGUCUCCUGAGGAGUUGCAGGAUGAUCGUAGAGUUGAUCACAGAGCUUCACCAUCGGUGCUGCGUCAGGUGUGGCUGCUGAGGGAGCUGAGGGCCACCGCCGCAGGGAGCAACUACGCCGGCGCUGCCGAGACCUGCGUGAGCGUGUGCGAAAUCUAG